GAGUCCGUCAUUCAAAAGCAUUGUCAAAGGCAGGCCAAGGUCAGUAGUCAGAGAAACAAUCUGAUAAGCCAGCGCAGGCAACAAGACAGUAAUUCAGAGAACUCGUUGAAGCCGCACUGAAGGGGCCCUCCCUCACGCUCUUAUGCUUUGAGUUUUACGUCAGCUUGCAACAGCUGCUUCCUCUAAUGAGGUCCCUCCUCCCUCUGGAAAGGCCGAUCAGCUCAGAGCUCUGAGGCGUGCUGAUCUACAUCGGACCUUUGGCAGACACCAUCCUUGAUCAAAUUCUAUUGCAAGUUUUGCUGUAACCCCGACAGACAACUUUUCAUUAUCAGGAAAUGGAUUGGAUGGAUCCUAUUUCUGUGUUUUUCCUAUUUGUCCUUACAAUUGCAUUCCUUUGGAAAAUGAGCAAUUUCUGGAAUAGCAGCAGCCAAAAUCUUCCACCAGGACCAAAACCAUUGCCAAUAAUAGGAAACCUCCACCUAAUGGAUCUUAAGAGGCCUUCCAGAACCCUGUUAAAGUUAGCCAAGCAGUAUGGUCCCGUCUUCAGCAUCCAAAUGGGAUCCCAGAAAAUGGUCGUUCUAACAGGCUAUGAGACUGUAAAAGAGGCUUUGGUGAACCAGGCAGAUCUAUUUGUGGAGCGGGCCAAGUUUCCAAUCUGGGAGGAUGUAGAAGGCUAUGGAAUUAUUUUUUCUCAUGGUGAGAACUGGAAAGUGAUGCGAAGGUUUACGUUAACCACGUUGCGUGAUUUUGGAAUGGGCAAGAGGACCAUAGAGGACAGAAUUGUCGAAGAAUGCCAUUGUCUAAUACAGAAGUUUGAAUCUUACAAAGGAAAACCAUUUGAGAGCACUAUCACCAUGAACGCUGCUAUUGCUAAUAUUAUCGUGUCCAUAUUGCUUGGCAAGCGAUAUGAAUAUGAAGAUCCCGCAUUUUUAAGACUAAUGAAGUUGAUCAAUGAAAAUGUCCGGCUUCUUGCAAGUCCCACUGUCAAGUUGUACAACAUGUUUCCUGCUCUGGGCUUCCUUUUUGGCAUUCGCAAGACUAUCCUUAAAAACAACAUAGAAAUGGGCAAGUUCAUACAGGACAUUUUCAUAGAACGCCGUAAGGAAUUGGAUGUGAAUGACCAGAGGAACUUUGUUGAUGCUUUUCUAAUCCGACAGCAAGAGGAGAAGAACAAGACCAAGAUUAAUGAAUUUUUCCAUAAUAAUAACCUAAGUGCUCUUGUUCAUGAACUAUUAGCUGCAGGCACAGAGUCCACUUUGACUACCUUGCUUUGGGCCCUCUUGCUAAUGAUGAAGUACCCUGAAAUCCAGAAUAAAGUCCAAGAAGAGAUUGGAAAGGUGAUCGGGUCGGCUCAGCCUCGGAUUGAACACCGAUCAAAGCUGCCUUAUACAGAUGCGGUAAUCCACGAAAUUCAGAGGUUUGCUAAUAUUUCUGCUAUGAACGUGCCAUACGCCACCACUGAGGAUGUCACUAUAAAAGGCUAUUUCAUUCCAAAGGGAACUCAUAUUCUUCCAUCACUGUACUCUGUGAUGUAUGAUGAAUCCCAGUGGGAAAAACCUUAUGAAUUCUAUCCUGAGCACUUCCUUGAUUCCGAAGGAAAUUUUGUAAAGAGAGAUGCCUUCAUUCCAUUCUCUGCAGGUCGACGAAUUUGUGCUGGUGAGAACCUUGCCAAAAUGGAGCUCUUCCUGUUCUUUGCAAGUCUGCUGCAGAGAUUCGUUUUCCAGCCAGCCCCUGGGAUGUCUAAAGAAGACCUGGACCUGACUCCUGCAGUCGGGAUGACUACGCCUCCGAUGCCCUACCAAAUCUGUGCUUUGCCACGUUCUUAACAUGCAACCAUUCUUAACUCUCCUGUGCACAACAUUCUCCUUUUCUGCACAUUCUUGCCUGCCAAGGACAUUGUAGACGCAGUGGAUCCAAGCUCUACUUUCCCACAAAACUUAGUGCUUCAUACGCAUCUCUAUGAAACCCUCACAAGCUAGUUCAACUUAGUUCAAAAUAACCUCGCUUCCUAAGUCGUUUGCUGUAUAGAGGGGAAAAAGUAAUUUUUUUUUUGUGGUUGUUGUGGAUUUUUUUUGUCUUCUGAUUUCUUGUGUUCACACACAACAGAUUUCUUUGAAUCACCAUGUUAUGACCUUUACUUUCCUUUGAGUAGAUUUUUCUUUUAAUCUCUCCCUUAACACCCUCUGGGUAGUUUGCUGCCACCAGGAAUAUUAUAUUCCAAGAUAUAUUAUUUAAAUGUUUCCUUUGGUAACGUGCCUAAGCGUCAGGCUCCUUCGUGGUUCUAUGUGGCCCUGAGGAUAGGAAUGGGAUAAAGCAAUGACAGCUACUCUGGGAUAUAACGAAACAAAAUAAAUGUUCAUUUUUCAAGAAGCGUAUUGGUUUCAUAAAAGUAGUUCUUAGUUCUUAAAGUUACUUCAUUUAAACUCAUUCACAUAGAUCUCUUCUAAGGCUUCACACACAACCUCUUUCUCUAACUAUUUCUCUCACAGAAAUGCUUAAAACUCCUCAGGCAGCACACAGCUAGCCUCUCUUUCUCUGACUCUCAUUCACAGAAAUAUUAAACCUGCUCAGGCAGCACACAGCUGGCCUCUCUUUCCCUGACUGAGUGUCCUUUCACAAACAUGCUCAGUUCAGGUUCCUCACAGGUUAUAUUUCUCUCAUAAAUACUUCAAUAUACUCAGGCAGCACACAGCUAGCCUGCUGUGUUCUGAAUGAAACUAUUCUCUCUGCCCUGUCAGUCUCAGACUGCAUUCACUCCGCCCACACUCUCAGUCAUCAACCAAUCGUAUCAUUCACUCAUCCUUCUCUCACCCCUACUCUUCACCUAUCUCACACCAAGCAUUUAAAGACACAUGCACACAUUUACUUGAAAUCAUUACACACCAAAACAACCAACUAGGGCUACAGUGAUAUUGACAUCCAAGUGAGAUCCAUCCAUUAGUACCAGCUUUUUAAACAAAACAAAUAUGUUUCGUUAGUGUUAUGUUUGGACAUCGGCCAGACUCACAAAUAUGAAAGGCCACAGGAUUUGCGUAUCUAUUCCACUAACAUCAAAAGUUUCUUUGAGCAAUUAUACUGCCUUCAGUCAAAGACCAGAGUUCAUUUAAUGAGUAUAGGAAUCUUGGCCGCAGGCCUCAUGAACCAGGGCACAAAUCUUUCUCCUUCCGUUUUUAUUAUACGCAUAUUCAUGAUACUGGUUAUAUGUACCUGUAACAAGGAGCAUCAAACACUGUGCAUAUUGAAACUUUUAUCAACAAAAGUCAUAAUAAAAAUAAUUGCCUACAA